AGCGCCGCCCCCGGCCCUUGGCUGGCUGCAGCGUCGCAGCAUCUUCCCGGCCCUGCUGCUGCUGCUGCUGCUGCCGCGGCUCCAGUUUCCCGGCUCAGAGCCAUGACGCCGCCCUGCGCGGGGCUGGCCGCUGCCGGCCUUUUGCAAAGCCCCCGCGCACCGUAGCCCGGCACCGGAGCGAGCAGCGGGGCCCGGCGUGCGGCGGAGAGCUGCGGGCGCCCGUCCGCCCACCCUCCGCCUCCCUGCCGGUGCCUGGAGUCGCUGUGGCUGCCGGCGCCCAGGGGGUUCCCCAGCCCGCCGCCCAGUAGGUCAGCUCCAGCAGCAUAGUGUGUCCCAGGGCAUCAUAUUACAGCACUGCGUGGAAGGAUUAAUAAAGCAAGUUUUUUCUACAGCAUCCAUCAUUGUACUCAUCUUCUAGAUGCCUUUUUGUCAUCAGACCUCCUCCUAAUUGCUGCAUUGUUCACUGUAGCUGUGACCCAUCAUUCUCCAGGCCUGAGACCCUUUGCUCUACCCUUUCUGCUCAAGGAACAUCCUGGCCUAUGCUCCAGUUUUCCUUUAGUAGCCUUGAGGUGAUCCUGGGACGGUUUCUCUUGCUGACGGCCUGACUUUUUCAUCUUUUGCAGCUUGUGGUCCACAGAUAUUAAGUGAAAAACUAGAUUCUGCAUUGAUAUACCUCACUAUCUUAAGGUUGAUUACACUGAGUUCUGAUAAUAAGUCAGUGCAGAAUUUGGCUACAGUUCUGGAACAUAUGAGCAAAACGCUUUAUUACACUCCUUAGUAGGGAUAAUUUCUAAAAUGAAACAUUGAAAAUGUCUCAGGAACCUGAUAUUCCAUAUACAAGUGCAAAAAAAUCAGGUGAUUCAGAGGAUAUCAAAGAGGACAGCUUGAACAACCCAGAUCAGUCUAUGAGAGCAAGGAUACGACAAAGUUCCUCAAGUCCACGCAGGUCCAACACAGCUCAAUCUAGUCCCCCUCGGCUUGUGUCGAUGGAAGAGCUGAUGGAAACAGCGAAAGGAGUUUCUAAUAUGGCAUUAGCACAUGAAAUUGUAGUCAAUGGAGGCUUCCAGAUUAAACCAGCUGAACUACCAGAAGGCAGCCUGGAGAAAACCGUAAAAGAGAUUGUACACAAAGCUUUUUGGGAUUGUCUGGAAGCCCAGUUAAGCGAAGAUCCACCAACAUACGAUCAUUCAAUUAAACUUGUGGGGGAGAUUAAAGAGACUCUUCUAUCUUUCUUAUUGCCUGGUCAUACCAGAUUAAGAAAUCAGAUUACUGAAGUUCUGGAUCUGGAUCUGAUAAAGCAGGAGGCAGUGAAUGGGGCCCUGGAUAUUUCUAAGCUGGCAGAAUUCAUCAUUGGAAUGAUGGGAACCCUUUGUGCUCCAGUUAGAGAUGAGGAAAUUAAGAAACUGAAAGACAUUCAUGAAAUAGUCCCACUAUUCAGAGCAAUUUUCUCUGUAUUAAACUUAAUGAAAAUGGACAUGGCUAACUUUGCUGUCAGUAGCAUUAGGCCGCAUUUAAUGCAACAAUCUGUUGAAUACGAAAGAGAGAAGUUUCAGAGGAUUUUUGAGAAACAGCCAAAUUCUCUAGACUUUGUCACUGACUGGCUGCAAGAAGCAUCAGAUGAUCUUGCCAAUUUGAGGUGUAAAAAUCCACCUUCCCCUGGUGUUGGUGCUGCAGCUAGUGGAGUUCCUGUAUUGUGUCCUGCUGCUGUACAGAAUUGGGCCUAUCUAAAGCUGCUUAAGUGGGAUCAUGUGCACAGGCCUUUCCCAGAAACAUUGUUAAUGGACCACACCCGCUUUCAGGAAAUGCAGCUGGAACUGGAACAGCUCACCUUGACGGGUGCUAUCCUCCUGGUCAUGUUCAAUGUAGCAGGUGCAGCACUUUCCAAUCUGCCAGGGUUUGCUGACAAAAUCAAAACCAUUAUAAAGGUGUUGUUGAUGGGAAUGCACUUUCCCUCCUUUAACCUGAGUGAAUCUUUGGCUACUGUUGGUGAGAAGGUCUGUGCUGAAGUUAGUAGCUGUCUUUCCCAACAUGGAUUCAUGCCAUUGACAACUGAGAAAGAGAUUGCGCUUAAAGGACAGAUCCAGACAUUGGGAAACUCUGAUAACACCAUAUGCAAAUUGAUAGAUUCUCGAAUUCAGGGAUUUUUGGAGAGCUAUCUGGCUUCUGGUCAUCAGAAAUCGUUUCCUGCUAUUCCUGGGGGAUUAGGGCCUAUUCAAAGAGAGAUGGAAGAAAUUGCUGUCAAGUAUGUUCGCCUUGUCAACUAUAACAAGAUGGUGUUUAGCCCUUACUAUGAUGUGAUCCUCAGCAAACUACUGAAUAAGGAAGAAUCCCAAUUGUUAGGGUAGUCAGAAGAAUCAUCAUACCAGUUUGUAUGCUAACAAAAUUGCAAUUAACUUGGCUUUUGAAAAUGGCAUUCCAUUAAAACAUAGUUUUAUUACUGUAACUCAAUAGCACUGAGUCUGAAGGGGAAAAUUAUGUAUAAGUUGGAAUAAUUCAAAUGGUAAAUAGAUGCAUUUUUAGCACAAGUAUUCAUGCUAAGGAUAUGUUUGUUAAUUUUAUGGCUAUAGUUUUUGCUACUGAGCAGAUGUUAGAUAAGACUAAACAAUUGUACAAACAGACUGCAUUUUUAAAUUGCUGAUUUUGUGGGGGGGCUUUUUGUAGCAUUCUAACUCUCCAAUUUACCAUGAAGUUAGUGUGUGCGUUCAUCUAGAGAAGAUUAGGCAAGGUCUCUUCCAUAUUGAGUGAUUUGGCCUUCUGAAAUCCUAUUUUAACAACUGAAGAAAUAAUUUAAAAUUUGAGAUGUAAGAAACUUGAAUAAUGGUAGUUAAGAGCAGGUACAAACAUUGCAUUUUAUUGUAAUAAAAUAUAAGUCUUUCUGCUAAUCACAUUUUUUUCAUUUGCUCUCUAUCUGCAAAUAAGUUACCAAAAACAUGAUAUAAUUAUAUUUUGUAGUGAAUUUUCUGGUUAUCAGAUAACUCUCUUCCUCUAUGUACAGUGUUACAAGGGUGACAGUCUCUAAGAUUGCAGCUGAAUUUAUCUCUUUGUAAAACUUUCAGAUGGGCCAAGAGAAAUGUUUUGAAAAGAGUGGCAUUUCUUGCCUUUUGUUUGCUGGUAGUUUGCUCCUUUUUAUGUGAAAUACUAAAGUAAACAUUUUCAGAAGAUGGAUAAAGACUUGUGCAUUGAAUUCAGGCUUAAGGAAAUUUCCUCAUUUUUUCCCUAAGAUUCUGUGGCUUACUAGACAAUUGUAUAUGUUCAUAGUUUCAGAAAUAUCACUGAAAUUGAAACAUACCAAGAAUUUCUUAAACAGUCAUUUUAAAAGGUAUAGUAGGAAAUGAACUAUUUAAAGUCAUGGGAAAAUGUUAGUGUUUCAGAUGCUUUUUCACUUUUUACAGAUGUUCUUGAACUCUUGAAGUAUUUUAGAUACUUGAGAAGAUAACUAGCAAGAUGUCCUCUAACUGCACUCUGAAGGAUUUCUGAUCUUAGUAAUUCAUAAAAUAUUGAAAUUUAAACUUUUCUUGGAAGUAAAUAUAAGGUUUAUAUAUGUUAAAAGCAACAUUGAAACUUUCUUCAACUGAUAGAGCCCAUCAGGUUUUGGGUAAGAAAUGGUUGCCAAAGUUCUUAGGUAAUAUAAGGUGAAAGGAGUUCAUGUUAAUAAAUGAUAGGCUGGUACCUUGUCCUAAGAGUUUUGGGGCAGUGGGGUGGGGGCACGCUAUGAUAAAAAUUGAAUAUUUACUGUAUUCUAAAAUGAAGAAUUUAAAAGGUGGCCUCUUUUGAUACUAUUGAUUAAUAAAAUAAUGAAUGUGACUGACUAGUGAUGGUGGUGAUAGGAAGGGAGGUAGCCUGGAGUACUUAUUCUAAUGUUUACACUUCCCUUUGCAUUUUGAAAUUUCAGUAGUUCCUAGGGCUUGAACUGAGAUCAGAUAUAUGGCUCUAACAGUUUUCUGCUCUAUGGGGAAGAUGGAAUAAAAUAACAAUAGCUUUACUUACUUGAUGUAUCCCCACAUUAGCGUAUUAAUUCAAUCUCAAACUUUGGAUGAAACAAAGCUUACCUCAUUUUUAUGAUUACAAAACUAAUGACAAUAUUAGAAAACCAUUUUUUUUGUUGGAUGGUUCUUUUGGUUGAACUCCUGAAAAUAUAUAUUUUGAACAUUCUUUAGUAAAUUGAAAAUAAGUAGC